AUGUCCGAAGUGCAGACCAAGAACAUCGAAACGCUCGCCUAUGUCGUCCACGACGCCAAACAGCCAUUCAAGCUCGAGACCGUUGUCCUCGACGAGCUCCGCGACAACGAAGUCCUCGUCGACAUACAAUACUCGGGCAUUUGCCAUACGGAUCUCGUCUUUCAACAAGGCGAGAUCAAAGUCUGUCCAUAUCCCGCCAUCUUCGGCCAUGAAGGCGCUGGUACCGUCCGCGCUAUCGGCAGAAAAGUCAAGAAUAAAGAUAUCACCAUCGGUGACACGGUUCUCUUGUCUAUCAACUACUGCGAAGAGUGCAAGUUUUGCAAAGCUGGUCAUCCCGCGGACUGCAUCGAGGGAUCCCGACUGCACCUCUUCGGGGUGCGGCGCGACGGCUCCACGGCGGCCAAGUUGAAGGGCAGCGACACCAGCGUACGAUUUCACUUCUUCGGACAGUCCAGCUUUGCAAAGAUGAGCUUCGUCGAUGAGACGUCGAUUGUGAAAUUACCCGCCGGAAUUCCGCCUGAGGAUGUGCCGUUCCUCGCAGCAAUGGGCUGUGGUUAUCAGACUGGCGCCGGCACGGUCAUGAACAUCCUCAAACCGGAGCCAGAGUCCUCUAUCGUCAUUUUCGGCCUCGGAACUGUUGGCCUUACCGCCAUCAUGGCCGCCAAAUAUAUGCAGGUCCAGCAGAUCAUCGCCGUCGACAUUUUCGACCACAAAAUGCCUUUCGCGCUUGAAGUCGGCGCCACUCAGGCCAUCAACUCCCGCAACGUGGAUGACAUUGUCGCACAAAUCAAGGAACUUACCGGCGGCAAGGGAGCAGACUAUACAGUUGAUUGCACAGGAGUACCUGCUGUGAUUGAGAACAUGCUCAACAUACUUUCCAUGCGUGGUACCGCGGCCACAGUAGGCGUGGCUCCAGCUGGCGCCAAGAUUACAAUCGAUCCGUUGGUGUUCCUGCUGGGCAGUCGCAUAUACAAGGGUUGCCGAGAGGGAGACUCAAAUCCACCGGUCUUUAUCCCGCAGUUGUGUAAGAUGCAGAAGGAAGGGCAUUUUCCGGUGGAGAAGUUGUGUCGAGUGUACGACUACAAGGAUAUGGAGUCGGCGUUGCAUGAUCUGCAUCAGGGCAAGGUCACAAAGCCGGUGAUCAAGUGGUCUUGA